AUGCCGCAAGCCAAGUUCAGAUUGGGUAUGGGUGCAGCACGCGAACGAGGUUUUUGGGAUAGACUUGGUCUCUGGGCGAACCCCCAAGCCCAAACUAUGGUAAUGAACGUUAUUCGAACAGUUCACGACCGAGAGCUAAGGGAACAUCUCCUUACCGGUGGGCUUACUGCUUGUCUUUUUAUGUCAAGCUGCCGUAGAGCCACCAUACGCGAGGGUUUUAUCGCUGAAAUACUCAAUCUACCCCCAUCUAUUCAAGGCUUUGCUCACGAUGAGCUUGGUGAAGCUCUAACAGAUCUUUGUCAGUUCUACCGACACCAUGAUCCCAUUAAUUGGGGACUCCCUCCACCGAGCAACCCCCAUUGGCGGCCACCGGGAUCGGCAUGGGCGAUAAUGCGGGGGUCAGCAAAGGUGAGCGCGCCAGCAAAGGCGGCAGCAACGGCGCCAGCAUCCGCACCUGUGCCUAUACCUGUAUCUGCUGCUGCUCCUGCCCCUGCUCCUGCCCCUUCUCCUGCCCUUACUCCUACUCCUACUCCUACUCCUACUCCUACUCCUGCACCCGCAAGGACACCCAAACGAGGAUUGGAUGACACAGACGGCGACGAUGAUCAUAGCCUUCCUGUUCGAAAGAAACUGGCACUUGGGGAGAUACCAGAGUAUCCAGACUUACCGGAUCCAGCGAGAUUGCACGUCGGGGAGCAAGAGGCGAUUCUAGGAAUGAAAGCACCCCAGGAAGGCUAUGGUAUAGGUGGUGUAUCUGAUGAGAAAGAAGAAUUUCCUAUAAACCCAGAACUUUCUACAGAAGAGGAACUUUAG